AGCACUUUCUAUGGGAGUGGAGAGGAGGAGGAGCGCGAGCUGCGCAGGCGUCUCCCGCACCUUGUUGAUUAGUCAGUGCUGGGAUGGCGUUUCCUGGGCCAGCUGGAGCUACAAGUACAAGAGCCGGGAGCAGCAGCGGCAGCAGCCGCCUUUACAGUCCGCGCCGACGCCGCUAUUGCGGGGCUGGCGGAGCAACAGCUGCCGUGGCUUGGAAGUCACCUUGCCCCUAGGCCAAGCCCACCAUGGCCGGUGCAGGAGGAGGAGGGGGCGGCAACAGAGGCUGAAGGAGGUGCGCUCCGCGGAGUCGCCUGCAGCAGCCCGCAGCGCACUGAGAGCGCCGCCUGGCUCCCCCCUCCUAGGCUGGGAAGAUGGAUGCGGGCCCCUCGCCGGGCGCCACUCUCAAGGAUGUGCAGUGGAGCUCCGUGUCCGUUCCUUUGGAUCUGCUGGUCAGCACCUACCGCCUGCCUCAAGUCGUCAGACUGGAUGGUGGAGAAUCUAUAGAAGGUCUUCGAGAAAGUGAUUACCUUUUGAUUCAUUCAUGUCGGCAGUGGACAACAAUUACAGCUCAUAGUCUGGAGGAGGGGCAUUAUGUCAUAGGCCCAAAGAUAGAAAUCCCUGUGCAUUAUGCUGGGCAGUUUAAGCUGCUGGAACAAGACCGUGAUAUUAAGGAGCCAGUGCUGUACUUUAACAGUGUGGAGGAGGUGGCUAAAGCAUUUCCUGAACGGGUUUACGUCAUGGAGGAAAUAACAUUCAAUGUUAAGGUUGCUUCUGGUGAAUGCAAUGAGGACACUGAAGUUUACAACAUCACACUUUGUACUGGGGAUGAGCUGACUUUGAUGGGACAAGCAGAAAUCCUUUAUGCAAAAUCCUCAAAGGAAAAGUCACGGCUCAACACCAUCUUUAAAAAAAUUGGGAAGCUGAAUUCCAUCAGCAAAUUAGGCAAAGGAAAAAUGCCAUGUCUGAUCUGUAUGAACCACAGGACCAAUGAAAGCAUUAGCCUUCCCUUCCAGUGCAAGGGCCGUUUCAGUACACGCAGCCCUCUGGAGCUGCAAAUGCAAGAAGGCGAGCACACAAUCCGCAAUAUUGUAGAAAAAACACGACUGCCCGUGAAUGUGACUGUGCCAAGCCCUCCUCCCAGAAAUCCUUAUGACUUGCAUUUUGUCCGUGAGGGUCACCGGUACAAGUUUGUGAACAUUCAAACCAAGACAGUGGUGGUUUGUUGUGCUCUGCACGGUAACAAUAUUGUUCCAAUGCAUUUCCCUCUGCACUUGGCUCUUCCCAAAUUUUGCCUCCCAGAAAGCCUUGUGAAAGGGGAGGUGUGGCAUGAAAGCUUUGUCAAACACUGGUUUGGCCUUUGUGAAGAGCAGUUUGAUAUAGACGAAUAUUCCCGUGCUGUGAGAGAUGUGAAAGCAGAUUGGAACGAAGACUGCAAAAGCCCCCAGAAAAAUCGGUGCUCUGGUCACAAUCAUGUGCCCAACUCUCUUAGCUAUGCUCGAGAUGAAUUGACGCAGUCCUUCCACCGUCUCUCAGUGUGUGUUUAUGGAAACAACCUGCAUGGGAACAGUGAAGUGAAUCUCCAUGGUUGUAGGGAUUUGUGUAAUGAAUGGACUUUAUUUUCUCAUGAUGCUUUACAGUACCAGGACUCAGGCGAUGGUAGCAGUGACUACCUUUUUCCUGAAGUUAGUGAAGAAUCUCUGUGUUUACCUGCCAAGCCAGAACUUCCUUAUGAAGAGCUGUGGCUGUACCAUGGGGGUGGGAAAACGAGUGAUAAGCCUCUUAUUCGCACACAAAGUGAAAAGAAUAAGUACGACAGUUAUAGGAGCUCUUUCCGGUCCAAGUGUGGUACUUCGUCUCUUCCAGCAUCUGGUUCCUCAACUGUAGCAUCAAAGUCUUCAGAUGUUUCCCUACCUCCACCACCUGUGCCUCCUAAAUCUGAAGCCGUUAGAGAGGAAUGCAGGCUCCUGAAUGCACCACCUGUCCCACCACGAAAUUCAAAGCCCACGUCUACCAGUCCUUCCAUUCUGCCUCGAAUGAACAAACCAGCACAGCAGCAGACUCGUUCUCCCAGUCCAACUCUCUCAUACUAUUCCUCAGGACUUCAUAGCAUUGCUUCUGCAGAAGAAGGAAUGGAAAAUCCUAUGGAAAGUGCACCUAUUUCUUGCUAUCCAGGUGGCACUGUGAAAGCUGACCCGAAAGAGCUCGGCAGCAAAUUGCCUUUUGGAAGCCCCUCUACUGAUGUCCUGUCCUCCAGAUUGUCGUGGCCAAAUCAUUUUUCUGGAGGAGCUGAAGACCUUAAUAGGAGUGAUUUUCUAUUGGAUCCAAGCAGGAGUUAUAGUUACCCAAGGCAGAAGACUCCUGGCACACCAAAGAGAAACUGUCCAGCACCUUUUACAUUUGACUUCGAAAGAUGUGAACUUCCUGCAGGGGGAACACUGCCAGUCAUGGCAGAGAUGGGGUGUGUUGUUUCUAGUUGCCCCAAGUCUGCAAGUUACUCUAUUGAGUGCACUGAUGAGAAAAGUGUUGCAGUAAGUAGCACACUGCAGUCUGUGUCAUGCCCUGCCUUACCUCCUCGUGCACCAAAACUGGGGGAUGAGAAGCCAGGCCUUGACCUGUGUCCAUUACCUCUCAAAAUAGAUGGUGCUGAAGAAGAGCCUCCUAUAAGCUCACCAGAUCUUUCUGAAGAUCAGUAUCUCAGUAAAAAGGGCAGGCAGGACUUAUUUGCAAUUUCCUAUCCUUUCUCGUCUCCUCUUCAUCUUCAGCUGGCACCAAGGUCUUGCGGUGAUGGCUCUCCUUGGCAGCCCCCUACAGAUUUGUGUGGUCUCUCUAUAGAAGAAGUUUCUAAAUCAUUGAGAUUUAUAGGCUUACCAGAGGAUGUUGUAUCACUUUUUGUUACUGAGAAGAUUGAUGGCAACUUGCUUGUUCAGCUCAAUGAAGAGAUCCUUUCUGAGGACUUCAAGCUAAGCAAACUACAAGUUAAGAAAAUACUGCAGUUUAUUAAUGGCUGGCGGCCUAAAAUGUAGUACUAAACCAUUCAACAAAACUCAGAAAUGUGCUAGCAAUGCCAGGGCUAACAGUGUCUCCCUUUUUUUUUUUUUGCACUAAAGACGUUGUGUAUGUGCGUGUGAAAAUAGUAGCAGAAAAAAAUCUUACUAUGCAGAUACCUUAAGUGGUGAGCAGACUUUUUCUACAUGGUAGAAUCAUAAAGGCGUGCCUUGUGCAUCCCUGAACAUUCAGCUGCUGCUAAAUGUGGGCAUGAAAGGGAAUUUAAUUUGUACUUAUAUAGUCUGUUAAGACAUCAUAUAUUUAUUGUUAUUGAUUAGGCAACGCUGAGCAGCACAGAGAUCAGUUUAAUUCUGUGUUAUUAUCAAUAAAUGUAUUUCCUCUGGGAUUUUUAUUCUGAAGGCUCACGUACCUUGCCUUCAAUAUUGCUUUAUCUAAUGGAAAAUGUUAACUUCCCCUUCUAUCAGUUUUCCUAGCUGUUUUCUUGAAAUGUCACCUGUAGAAUGCACAGGUAUGAAAUCUUUUUUGGCAACUCAUUUAAACGAAGGUUUCUUGGGGUAAGAUUCCAUAUUAUGUAAUGUGUGGCGACUUGAGCCCUUACUCCUAUUAAAAGUUCAUGAAGCAAAAUAAAAAUACUAAUUAGAUUAGUUUCAUGCGACCUCCAGGUACUGCAGAUUUUUCUUAGAGAAAACAACUUCACCGUAUCACUCACUGCUUACUUGGAAGAGAACUUUGUUUCUUGUAGAGUUGUUGGAGGUGAGAAAACCUGCAUGAGUCCCUGCUCUUGAAUGACCUACUGAUAGGGUUGCCAGCUCCAGGUUGAGAAAUAUCUUCAGAUUUUGGGGGUGGAGCCAGAGGAGGGUGGAGUCUGGGAAAAGGAGAGACUUUGGUGGGGGAUAAUGCCAUAGACUCCACCUUCCAAAGCAGCCAUUUUCUCCAGGUGAACUGAUCUCUGUCUCCUGGAGAUCUGUAGAUCUCCCACCUCCACCUGAAGUUUGUCAACCUUACUACCUGAAGACUAGUAGUUUUAGGAAUCAUGGAAGAUCAGAAAAGGAGUGAAGCUUAUACAUUUAGCUAAGAAGUUCUCUACUAUGCUUCCCAUAAAUUGAGCACUGAUUCACCACUUUGUGAGCUGCUGUUGCCUUGGUCGCACCAUAUGUUCUAUUCCCUGGAACUUCCUUAGUCUUGUCAGUCAUUACCACUUUGUGUGUGGGGUGGGGGUGGGGCUAAGAAUAAGAUCUUUUGCUUGCUCCUUUUCCCUAAAAUUUGAAUGUGGAGUUAUAUGGUAUGAUUGAUAUAUAUGGUGUGAUUGAUUGUCCUAUCAAUCCACUUCCUUCUUACUACAAAAUUCCAUUUUUUAAAUUUUAUUGUGAUUUUAAUUUGUUUAACCUUUGUAAACUGCCUAGAGACACUAGUAUGAGGGGUAUAAAUAGAAUUCCUUCAUUCAUAAAUAAAUAAAUUUGAUUUAUUAUGAUUUUGUUGCGAACACCCUAGAAAUUGCUAUGUUCAAAGCUGGUAGAUCCAUUCACUCAAGAGUUUUAUUUCACAGCAUACAAAGGAUACUGAAAGUAAAUGUUCCUGUGUCUCAUAGAGUUAAAAAUGAAGAUAAGAGGUUGGAUCCAGACUGAAUCUGCAAUUUCUACCAAUUCCCCCCCCCCCCCCCCAGUGUAAAUCCUCAGGGCCCCCUAUUCUUCAGGAGAAACAUUUUAUGAAGAUCAGUGGGCUGCAGCUGGAGGCAUGAAAGUUCAGUUCUGCCACUGGAAAAUUUAAUCUGGAUGUAAUCCAUCAGUUAUAAACAUACUAUUUUAAAGAGUUUGUUUUGGAAAAUUCAUCAUCAGUAGAAAACAGGCAACAAUCUGAGUGUAAUUGUUUUUGCAGCCACUUGGCAGGUAACUUUGUGUAUUCUGAACAACGUUUGUGAUACUUUGCUUUUGCUGCCAAAGUCAAAAUAAUGAAUAAGAAUCAGUAUUCCUUUGUGUUCGGUGUAAUAUGCACAAGUGGUCUGCAUUGCAGGAGAUGAUACCAUAGUGCACUAAUUCUAGAAUUAGUUCCAACUGCUUUGCUGUUGUUAAUUUCAUUUAAAUGUAAUCAGUAAAUAUAAAGGCUAACCUAAAAUUUGGGAGAUAUUCAUUUUUUUAUUCAGGUAAGAGAAGACUGAGGCACCUAUUUUAAAUAUAAUUGUGUCCUGCACUUUUCAACUUACAAAUUCAUGUUUUCAGCAAUAAUAAAAUACAGCUAAAACACAAUAAAACAGAUCCAUAAACAAUAAUAGACUUUAGAAAGUAAAAGCAAAGCAAAUCCAACAGCAAUAGAAUGAUUUAUCUACCACUGCAGUUAUUCUAUCAAAUACAGCAAUAAAAACAGUUUUUAAAAAGCAAUCAUAAAGAGUGGUAGUCAGCAGAUUCACCAGUGACAACCCAGUGAUCAAAACAAACAUUAAGAAAAUGCCCAGGCAAACAUCAGUUGUUAAGUUAACAACUGAUGUUUGCCUAGGCAUUUUCUUAAAAACUGGACACUGAAGAACGUAUGAUUACAGGGAGGGCAUUCCCUAGUUGUAAGACAGGAUUCAUGUUCUUGAAGAAGACUGUUAUAAAACAGAGUUAUACCCUUGUAAUCCCAUGGAUUUAGAAUAGUGUGACUCUUGACAGGACUGCUAGGCUGCUGAUACUUAGGACCUGCAUCUGACUAUUUAAGAACUGUGGGCUAGCUGGUUUGCGUCAUGUCAUGCAUAGUAUAUUUAUCUAGUUGUAUACAGCAAAUAUAAUGAAGUUUUGGUUGAGGAGAGUAACACAUCGCUACAAAUUCCACUUUUCUUUUUACGGUUAAACAGCCAGGAUAAAAGAUUUCAUGUUUACACGUAAGACAAGAGUAAUCAGAUCUAAUUUCUAUCUGUGACUUUGUUGCAAUGUUGUUUUAAUAUAAUCUUUUCAUUAUUAUGCCCAAGAAUAACUAAAGAAAAUGAAAUACAAGAUUUAUUUAGAAGGCUCGCAGAAGGCCGUAUGCAGAAAUAAAAUGCUGAACAUUAGCAGAGGAUUAUAGAUGGCAUGACUUUUUAUAGAGUCUUAGUCAUAUGCAUGUAACUAUUAUUUUGCACCCUGAUUCCAUACAUGUUAAUUUGGAAGCUGAGUGUUUGUUUACCCAAUAGUUUCUAUAUACGUAAUCCAGAGCUGCCAUUAGGCGCAUACUUGAAGGAAAAUCCAAUAUGAUUGGGUGGUAGUCAGAUAAUCCUAGAAAUGUCUAUCAUUACAAUGUUUAGCAAAAGUGCCCGUGAUUGAUCACAAAGGAUUGAAUCCUUGGAGAAGGAGACCUCACCUAAUUCACUCUCACUGAAGCCCCUUAUAAUAUGGUCAUUUUAUUCACUAAGAUUUCCAGAACCACUGAGAGAGUUUGGGAGGAAAGCAGCAACACAGAGAACGCUGAGAAAGAUUUUUGCCAGCUCCUUGCAUGAGCUUUUCCAUGGGAUCCAGCCCAGAAAUUGCUAUUGGUUGUAUGUUGCCUUGGAGCAGUGGGUUUUUACCCUUACGCUAAUCUCCUUUUCUUCUAGUGUGAUCAAAAACAUAUAUGUAGCCAAGGACUGGCUGAGCCUGUGUAGAGAAAAAAAUUCCUGUCUGUACCAGACCACAUUUUUAACUCAUGCCUAACUACGAUUAGGUAUCCCAUCAAAGCUGACAAACCAUGGUUUGCAAUUAAUGGACAAACCAGAAUAGGAAACCAUGGCUAUAUUUACUGUAGCUUGGCCUAGUAUUGAAAUUGACAAACCUUUAAUUACAGCCAUCACUCUAUUUUCAGAAGCUUCUGUGACUUGAAAGCAGGAACAGACUCAGAAUCAUAGAACUGUAGAGUUGGAAGAGAGCAUGAGGGCUAUCAAGUCCAACUUCCUGCCAUGUAGGAAUACGCAAUCAAAGCACCCUUGACAGAUGGCCAUUCUGCCUCAGUUUAAAAACCUCUAAAGGAGACUUCACCACCCUCUGAAGCAACAUAUUCCACUGUUGAAUAAUCCUUACCGCCAGGAAGUUCUUCCUAACGUUUCAGUGAAAUCUCUUUUCCUAUACUUGCAAACCUGAAAGCUGAAGCACAAAGCCAAAACAGUAGUUUUUAAAUUAGCAUUUGACAGGGAUACAUUUUGCAAGCUUAGCAUAUGGUUCACAUUCCAAACUAUGGUUAGUAUAAGCCAGUGUUUGGUGUGACAUCUGAACUAAGCCAAUGUAUUGAGAAUCAGUCUGCCGCCCAUUGUAGUGACAUGGUACAAUAGCUAGACAGCUGCUGUUUGCUAGGAUUUUCAAAUCUAUGUCAGAGGUCACUUCUUUAGAUAGAUACUUUCUACUCAAACACUGAAUAAUUUGUAAAAUCUUGAUGAUGGUUUAAAAUCAGCUAAAGAUAACAUGAUAGUGUUGCAAAGAGGCUUAUUUUAAAAAUCCACUCUGCCCAGACAAAGUGUUUUUCUCUAUAUUCCCUAAUCUUUACUGUAAAUGGCUUGAUAUUUAAUGCAGACAGGAGCAUACCUUAUGUUGCCUUAAAACAAUUAGAGGCUAACAGAUAAUAUUCCAUUUACUUGCAGACAAACAUGUAGAUGUGAGUAAAUAGUUCUUAUUAUUCCUAAGAAAAGACCAUCUGUUCCAAAGAUUUUUAAAGUUUGAAAUAGGAACUCCCAUUCCAGUCUGUCAAAAUGAAAUUUCUUAUGAUUAUCUAUUGGAUGACUAAUGGUGGGAGAGGUGAUCCAUCAAAACCUCUCCAUGUAAAAAAAGACCUCCUGUGCAGUUUCCACUGUCCCACCUUAGUCCAGUAUGUUCAAGGUCAGCCUUGUUGUUGAACUAAAACUAAUUACUGGAUUUUUUCCAUGAUGGUAUGCAAGUAACACUCAGAAUAAAGAGAAGAGCCCAGAAAACUUGGCAGCAGUUUCCCUGUGCUUUUCCUAUGAAAUGCUACAAAAGCUGUAGUAUACUACUAAAUACUGCAACAAAUAUUACUACAACUUCUGUACAUGUUCUCAUGAAACAGCAUCUAAUCUUAAAUGCAUGUUGGAUAAAGGAUCAAGAUUGAAGUGGUGGCUGAAAGUUGAAGUAGCAUAAUUUUUCCUUUGUGGAACGGUGCAAUGGACGUGUGCCUGUCAUUCUUGCUAUGGAAUCCCUUCAUGUGCAGCAGCAUGCACAUGAACAAAAUAUAACAAAGACACAAAAUAUAUAACAAAUAAAAUACUUUAUCAAUAAGAUUUCAAGUAUUUCAGGAGAAGUAAGGAGAAAUUAGUUGCAGCAUAAUGUAUCAGUAGCUAUUCCUUGAUACUGUCUUGGAUUUACCAAAGUAUUCAUAUAUUUCUAUGGUACUACUUGAUUUCUUUUAUACAUGCAGGCUGCCCCAUUGAACUGGACUUUCUCCCAAGUAAGCAUGUAGUCAAUCAGACUGUUAGUGAUAAAAAUUUAAAGCUUUAGAGUACUCAAUUACUUAAGGUACAUGCACUUUUAAAAGCUGUGUUUACAGCAAAACUAUUGUGAGUUAGACUAGAUUUAUUUUACUUUGUCAUAACUACAUUACGAUAAUUAUGUACUUCUGUUUUAAAAUGGGACACCUUCAUUUGAUGUAGAUAAUAUGGAUCAGUUUAAAGUCUAUAAACCCUCUUUCAAAGGUGAAAUACUUAGUCCAAAAAAUUUCUCCCAUGGAAAUCUUUGGUUCCCUACCAAUUUAAACUCUAUUAAUGCAAGCAAUUUGCUUCAGAUACAGGUGGGAGUUUAAUAGAUGUUAGCUAAACAUGCUAGGGCAGGUGACGUCCUAAAGGGAUGUAGGUUCCUGUCUCACUUGAUUCAUAUUAUUGGCAUGCCUGCUGGAAAUAGGACCUUCAGAACUGGGCUGAGAAUAUCUAUAUUUGUCAGACCUGAGGUUGCCCAGGCCAUAAAAACUUUUGCUUUGCCUACACCAGCCCAAUAGUUGGUAAGCAACUUGAGAGAAACCAACUCAAACUUUAAUUCUGCAUCUAAAUACAAAAUGUGUGUGGCCUCUGGGGAAUUAGAGGUGAGCAGACUGCCAUUUAGAAAUAUGGAACAAGCUGUAACUUGGUGCUAGCAAAUGGCUGAGUUGCAUGAAUCGAGCUCAAUUCAAUUGUGAAGGACAGACAUUUUCAAAGAGUAUAUAACAAUAUGGUGCUAUUGCCUACAUAGACAGAUUGGCGCAUAUGGAUCUUUUCUUUCUUACCACCAUUAGUAUUAUAUUUUGGGCAGUUGCAAUUUGGAUAUCAACUUCCAGUUUAAAUAAUAAUAUUUUUGAAAUUGAAUUAUGAGAUUACCUUUCAUUGAAACAAUCAUUUCAUAAGAUGAUUCAAAUAGAAAAUGGAAAUAAAAAAGUGAUAUUGCCUUGCAUUAAUUUCUGGAUUGUAAAAAUUGUCUUCAAGCCUAGUUUAUAGGUGGGGUGGGGUGGGGUGGGUGGGAAGAAUCUUUUUAUCUCAAAACAGUUUCAAAUCCAGAAGUAAAUAAAGUGUUAAACUGGCAACAUUUUAGAUAUGUUAUUCCUAUAUUCUGCUUGUGUCUAAACAAUUUUUGGGUUUCGCUGGUUUUCAUAUAUAAAAGAAAUAUUUCAGAACAACCUCCAACUUACUGGUUCAGUGAAUAUUCUAUUGUUAAAACUAAAUAUGUGUGUGUGAAAGUCUAUGUGCUAGUUCGAACAUCUCUAAAAUAGGGAUGGGGAACAUUUAUUUAAACAAGGUCAAAUAAAUAACUCUAUAAUGUACAUGAAAAAUGUCCAUGAUUCAUUGUAAUUAUAUAACUGUACAUUAAAAUAUUAUUUUCAUGAUA